CACAUUGCUUAUGCCUCUCAGCCAAAUUACUUUCUUUUGAGAAGCUUUCACCAAAGACAAAAAUGGAGUUGUUCUUUCUCAUUGCCUUAACCAUUUUCAUUAUCCUUGUUUCUCUCCCAAUUGUUGUCUUAUUGUACAGGCCAAGUUUCACUAACCUCCCACCAGGCAAUUUUGGCUUGCCAUACAUUGGAGAGAGUCUGGAAUUUCUCUCCACAGGCAGAAAAGGUCAUCCUGAGAAAUUUAUUUCUGAUAGAAUGGCCAAAUACUCUCAUCAAAUUUUCAGUACUUCAAUUCUUGGUGAGGAAACUGCUGUUGUUUGUGGUGCUCAUGGCAACAAGUUCUUGUUCUCUAACGAGAACAAGCUAGUCACUGCUUGGUGGCCUAAGUCAAUCCUGAAACUCUUCCCUUCUUCUGCACACAGUUCUAUCCAAGCAGAAGGUAUGAGGAUGAGAAAAAUGUUACCUCACUUUCUGAAACCUGAAGCCCUGCAAAGGUACAUAAGUGUCAUGGAUUCUAUGGCACAGAGACACUUUGAGGAUUUCUGGGAAGGCAAGGAACAAGUUUCUGUCUAUCCACUUGCAAAAUUUUACACCUUUACAGUUGCUUGUAAAGUGUUUGUGAGCAUGGAGGACAGGAAACGGGUUACCAAGUUUGCUGCUCCUUUCAAUGAUAUGGCGUCAGGAAUCAUGUCUAUUCCCAUUGAUUUGCCUGGAACAUCUUUCCAUCGAGGAAUCAAGGCCUCCAGGAUUAUCAGGAACGAGAUGUUGGCAAUUAUUAAGCAAAGAAGGAAGGAUCUUGAUGAGAAUAAAGCUUCUCCAACGCAAGAUAUAUUGUCACAUAUGUUGGUAGCUACUGAUGAAGAUGGGCAACGCUUGGGAGAUAUUGGGAUAGCUGAUAAAAUAAUUUCUUUGCUCAUUGGUGGUCAUGAUACUGCUAGUGCUUCCAUCACUUUUGUGGUCAAGUAUCUUUCUGAGCUCCCUGAAAUCUACAAUAAUGUUCUGAAAGAGCAAUUGGAGAUUUUGAAGUCAAAAGCACCAGGGGAGCUAUUAAACUGGGAGGACAUUCAGAAGAUGAAAUAUUCAUGGAAUGUUGUCUGUGAAGUGAUGAGAUUAGCCCCACCUCUACAGGGUUCUUUCAGGGAAGCUUUACAUGAUUUCAACUAUGGUGGUUUCUCCAUUCCAAAGGGUUGGAAAUUGUAUUGGAGCACACAUUCAACACACAAGAAUCCAGAAUAUUUUCCACUGCCUGAGAAGUUCGAUCCAUCAAGAUUCGAAGGAUCAGGGCCAGCACCUUACACGUUCGUUCCAUUUGGAGGAGGUCCAAGGAUGUGUCCUGGAAAAGAGUAUGCAAGAUUGGAGAUACUGGUUUUCUUACACAAUAUAGUGAAGAGAUUCAAGUGGAAGAAGAUGAUUCCUGAUGAGAAAAUUGUUGUAGAUCCAAUGCCAAUACCAGCUAAAGGGCUUCCAGUUUAUCUCUAUCCACAAAAGCAUGAUUAAUUUGCCAAGAAAAGAGUGGCUUUUCAUGCAAAAUAAAUAAAUAUAAGCAUACAAAAUGAUGCUAAUAAUUCCUGGGCUUGAAACUUUAUACAUAUAAUUAAUUACUUGCAUUUUCUGCUUCCCCUUUAAUGUAUUCCAUUGUGUAAUCGUGUGAAAUCUAAUAUAUUACUUUUUUUUU